AUGCAAUUCCUGCGCAUCACCAGCCAAGUGCAGUUUCAAAUUGGAGGGAAAAUCAACUGACAGAACACCAUCUUUGCGUCCCAAAAGUUGCUGGUGCCACACAGCGCCCGCGUUCGCUGAUAAGAGUUUUCGGUUUGUGCAAUAAGGUGGCCAGUAAAAACUGUGCAGACAGCAGAUAGAUUCAGUUUUUCCUGCCCGUGCAGCAACACAACGAUGUCGCAGCCAACGGUCGCGUCUUACUUUAACACACGCAAACGCGCUGCGCAUGAUGCGCUUGGUGGUGCUGGCAGAGCUAAGGUACUGGUGCUGGAAAACUCUUCUGCACACACGGUUACAAACUUGACGAACAGUUCACUGAACUCGGAUCACGAACAGUUGCGCUUCGUAGUUGCUAACGAUAAUAACUUUACUUUGAAGAGUAUUGAAGCCGCCGGGAAGGACAAUGGUGGCGCCAACCAAUUUCCCGAUCCAGCGGACCUGGGACGGCGCGUUACGCGGGCAUCACGCGCCAUCAAACGGAUUGGUCCGGUCGAUUUGGACGAGAAAACGAAAGCCCUGCUAGCGUCGGCCCAACCGAAGCUAGUGUCUUUCAUAAAGAAGGGCAAUUUGUCUCCGCAGAAACGCGCCCACGCGGCUAGUCCCUCGAAGCGUCCGGUCGUGCCAGAGAAAAAGGUUGCAUCGCCGGAAAAGGUACAGGCUGUUGGAGGCAGUGCCGCGCCUCCUCCGGUUGAAUUUUCCCCCAGGAACAACAUAAACAAUGUGGCUAAGGCACCCACAAAGCCAACCGUCGCCAGAACGCUGCAAAUGGGGAAGGACAAAGAUUCCCUGUCGCUGGCAGACAUUCGCACCAAGCUGCUCCAGCAUCCUCGUCUGCCGGAGCUUAAGACAAAGCUGAACGCGAUACAGAGCGGCCUAGACAAGGUGGAACGUCUGCGCAAGGAGCGUCUGGAAGGAAAGAGCAAACCUUCCCUGUCGCCGGCAGUGGCGGCGAAAAAUCUGCAGCAAUUUUCUACUCUGGACGUCGAGGUGAUGGUGAGCCCAAAGAAAUCGAUCGCCUCUCCUUCGAAGCUGCUUCGCACACCGACAAAGGACGCAUCGAACUCGCUGUCCCCAUCGAAGAAUGUAACACCCAAGCGUAUAUCGGCGCUUAUGAGCCCGAUUAAGGAUCCGUCGGCGGGUACACCCAUCCAGGCCAGUCCGAAAAAGCUGCCCGCCUAUCAGCGCUUUCAUAAUCUGGUUGAAGCGGGCACGCCUACGCUGCAGCUCCCGUUCAAGUACCGAUCGUUGCUGGAGUUGUUCAAGUGCACGGACACGGUCUGCUCCAUGUUUCACAAUCGCAAAGAGCAGAUCACGUUCAAGAAGCUUAAGCCAGCCGUUCAGCGGAUGGCGCGGAAAAACUUUUUCGAAUCGCACCUUGCACAAAUUCAGUUCCUCUUCCCGAACGCUUACAAUCUGAGUCAAGAAAUGACAAAGAACUACGGUUCGGCUACGAAGCACGAAACGUACCAGCUGGUAAUCCGACCCAACAUUGCGGAAGGUGCCGAAGCAACGAAGCAAUCGCAGGAAGCUGAUUUUAUUCGUACCCUACCGAAGCAGUCCGUCAAUCCGCAGGCAUUGCUCGAACGUUAUCAGCACUUCCGCCGUUUGCUGUUGGAGAAAACGAAGGACGCACAUGAAACGUUUCUCCGAGCGCUGGAUCCACCGUUAAACAUCGAUCGCAACAAGCUCGUCCGCUGGCACGCUGAUUUCGAUCUGGAAAGCUGUCCCGACAUCGAGAAAGCCGAACUACCACAGCCACCAAAUGUGGAGAAGUUCUCCUCUGCCCGGGAUGUCCUUUCGACGGCACGAAACCUUUUCAGCUGUGGUACUGCAAUGGACCGGGCGCUAGCACGGUUGGAGGAGAAAAAGAAACAAGAAGCAACUGCAGGAGCAGGAGCAGUUGCAUCAACCACAACGAAGUCCGCAGAGCCGGAGGAUAAAAAACCUGUUCUUGUCAAAGAGGAGCAGCCUACCAAAAGCACCACCGACCCGACGGAACAUCUGCUGCGCAACGUGCCCAAAGCACUGCUCGAGAAAAUACGCGCGAAACAGGCGGCAAAAGCUUUAGAUCAAAUGACUAGACGACCGUCGCAGGAGAAGGAAGCGCUAAAGUACAGCCGGCUGCCGGAGAUUGCACGCCACCUGCGGAAUGUGUUUGUGACCGAACGGAAGAACGUGCUACCGCUCGAAACGCCUGUAGUGAAAAUCGAAAACAGUUACCGCGGCAAACUGACGCUACAGGAGCUGGAGGAGCACAUCCGCAUGAUAGCCCAGCUGGUACCGUUUUGGUUAACGUUACCGGAGGUCCGGAAGGUGAAGUAUGCCAAAAUUGCUAAAGACUGCGAAAUGUCGAAGGUUUUGGAUGUGCUGGAGCGGAAAGCGAAUGAAGCAGUUCAGUAACGACGCGAGUACCUUAUACUUUCGGAAGUCCAAAUUUUUAAACACAUUUUUGGAUGCAUUUUUGUCCUCUAUAACCUCUCAUUUUUAUUCUUAACCAUUUGUUGCGCCGCGGUUGCAAGCUCUUUCUUUCUGUUUUUUAGCACCGUGAUAAUUGACGCUUGAUUGAUUGCAAAAGUUAGAUAAUUUCUUAUUACUUAGUUCAACGAAAGUUUUAUUCCUACCCGUCAUUGCCAGUUGCAUUGAUUCGUUAAUAGUUUCGUGUGUGUGUGUUGAUUUAAUUCAUGUGUGCGAAUUCGAAAUAAAACGUAAAAUGUUAAAAAUA